UUACUAUGACAAUAUAGCAAACGCUCAUUCAUAAAUAUAACAUCAAUGGCAACGAUUUUCAUAAGAGAACUCGAAAACCGUUACAUCAUCUCAUUGAAAAACUGCUUCAAAAUAACUGAACUCAAGAAGAUUCACGCUCACAUCGUUAAGCUUUCACUUUCACAAAGCAACUUUUUAGUCACAAAAAUGGUAGAUUCAUGUGACAACAUUGGCCACGUUGGUUACGCUACUUCACUCUUUCAACAACUCAUUCACCCAAAUAUCUUCUCCUACAAUGCCAUCAUCAGAACUUACUCGCACAAUCGCCACCAUUCUUUAGCAGUCAAUUUCUUCAUUAAAAUGCUAACACAUUCAAGUAAAACAGUUUUUCCAGACAAAUUCACGUUUCCGUUUGUGAUCAAAUCGUGUGCGGGGAUUCUGUGUUGCAGUCUUGGUAUGCAAGUUCAUGGGCUGGUUUUUAAAUUUGGGGUUGAUUCGGGUAAUAUAACGGGAAAUGCAUUGAUUGAUAUGUAUACGAAAUGUGGGGAUUUGAUUAACGCGUGUAAGGUGUUUGAGGAAAUGGGUCACAGAGAUGUGAUUUCUUGGAAUAGUUUGAUAUUUGGGUAUGUGAGAUUGGGGCAGAUGAAGAGUGCAAGGGAACUGUUUGAUGAAAUGCCUGUUAGGACAAUUGUGUCUUGGACAACUAUGGUAACUGGGUAUGCUAGAACAGGUUGUUAUGCUGAGGCGUUGGGUGUUUUUCGGGAGAUGCAAAUGGUGGGUAUUGACCCUGAUGAGAUUAGUAUUAUAGCUGUUUUGCCGGCUUGUGCACAACUUGGGGCUCUUGAGGUUGGGAAAUGGAUUCAUAUGUAUGCUGACAAAAAUGGGUUCUUGCAGAAGAGUGAAAUAUGUAAUGCAUUGGUUGAAAUGUAUGCAAAGUGUGGUUGCAUUGAUGAAGCUUGGAGUUUGUUUGAUCAGUUGGUUGAGAAGGAUGUGAUUUCUUGGAGUACCAUGAUUGGAGGGUUAGCUAAUCAUGGAAAAGGUUAUGCGGCAAUUCAACUCUUUGAAGAAAUGCAGAAGGCGAGAGUAACUCCUAAUGAGAUAACUUUUCUUAGUGUUUUGUUGGCUUGCUCUCAUGCAGGCUUGUGGGACAAGGGGUUGAAAUACUUUGAUGUUAUGAGGGCGGAUUAUCGAAUAGAACCAGAAAUUGAGCACUAUGGGUGCCUGGUUGAUCUUCUUGGACGCUCGGGACGCCUUGGUCAGGCUCUUGAGACAAUAUUGAAGAUGCCAAUAAAGCCGGAUUCAAGGAUAUGGAACUCUUUGUUAAGCUCAUGUAGGAUUCAUCGCAAUCUUGAGAUUGCUAUCAUUGCAAUGCAACAGCUCAUGGAGCUUGAGCCAGAGGAAUCUGGGAACUAUGUUUUGCUCGCAAACAUAUAUGCAGAACUUGGCAUGUGGGAAGAUGUAUCAAAUAUUAGGAAACUCAUAAGAAACAAGAGGAUAAAGAAAACCCCGGGGAGUAGUUCGAUUGAGGUUAACAAUGUGGUUCAAGAAUUUGUAUCAGCCGACGACUCAAAGCCAUUUUCACAAGAGGUCUUUCAGAUUCUAGAAGAGCUGGCUUUACACCACACUAGAACCAGUGACUUGAUGGAACUUGUCGAAGAAGAUUCUGAUACAAGUUCACCGUAAAUUGUGACUGUGCUUGUGUCAUUCAGCAUUUAGCCAGUGCUAUAGGCAGCUUUGAUUGAGUUUGGGAAUGUUGGGACUGCCAAACCAGAUAGUAUAUCACUAACAAGGUAAUUAGAAGCCUAAAGGAAUACCAUAGUGCUGGAGGUUGAUGUGCUUCAACCUAAUAAUGUGUGAAACUUAUGGUACAGAUGUUAUACAAUAAUAUAAUGCCUGCUAAAAUUUGUUUGUGGUUUUAAAUAUAUUAAGGGAUGGCUAAUAUUUACCCCAUCACAAUUAUUACAUGUACCUGUGUGCAGAUCCAAAGAAGAGUUGAUUACAUGAAUCACAUAUGCAUUGUAAGUAGCAAAAAUCCUUUCAACGUAUUUUAAUGGUGUUAUCAGCUAUUUGAGAAGCCUGGACUAACAGCUUUUGGAAUCUGUAGAGUAUAGCAUGUUUCUGGAUUAUUCUUGUUCUUCUAUUUAUUCCUCGUGUUUUAUUCUUAUAUCUAUUGGUUAUAAAUCAACCAAAUGUUUUCCUUUAGUUUGUUUAGUUGUCCCCGGAUGCAGUGUAUCUAUUGUGUCUCCUUACUUGUUUAUCGUGCUUCUUUAUCUUCAGAGCAUAAACUAUGCCUAAUCCACAGUCACACUGACCUGAAGCCAGAAAAUACUGUCUGUUUCAUACUGAAUAUGUAAAGCUUCCUAUCUGGAAGGCAUUUCAGAUUUCUGCAAACAAAAAUAAUGACAUUUGUGGAUUCAUUAUAAUAUAUUUAAUUAAAAUUAUGUGAUUUUGUACAGAGUUUUCAUCAUAUGAAACACAAUUCAGGUGCUUUCAAAAGUCUAGUGCUAUUGAGCUGAUUGAGUUCGGUAGUACUGCAUUUGCAAAUCAGAACCACAGUUCAUUGUUUCUACAAGCCAUUACAGAGCCCCUUCUUCUUAGGUAACUAAAUAUGGAUCAUUGCCUAAGCAACAUUUGUUUAAAUAUAUUUAGUUGACAAUCCAUAGUAGGGGUGCAGAAAUAUUUUUCAAGUGGGGAUCAUGAAAAAGAUGGCCUGACGGAGCUGUUUCAAGGGAAAGCAUAAACGCUGUGAAGAAGCUUGGUCAUCUUUAGGACAUUAUAUCAUGUUAUGUAGAGUCCUCAAGGUCCUUAUUUAACUUGAUUUGUUACAUGGUUAUUAAGAUGCCAAAUGUCUUUUGUUGUGGAACGACUGUCAUUUUAAUGAUAAUGAGUUGAACAGGAUACAACUUUGCUCGACAUGUAUCUACCAGAGUAUUUAGUAUUUACUAAUUGCAAUAUA